AUGGCAAACGAAGAGUAUGAGAUCGAGAGACUGAUCGACUUCAUCAGGUCUGAAGGGGCAUACGAACAGUUCUACCAUCAGAAAAACAAAGAGUUCGCUGCCAUUUUCACGGAAUUUUUGCAGAGAUCCCGAUUCAAGAGAAACUCGAGAAAUACCUACGUCACCAGCAGAUAUUAUUUCAAUGUGAAGUGGCUAGGCUUGGAUCGAAACAGCACAACUUGGGAACCAGAUGAAUCGAUUCCGAGUGCAGUGCAUCUUGUCGAGUUCAAGAGACUGAACAAUUUGGACGAACACCUGGAAAAAAUCCAAGUGUCGUUCGAAUUGAAUCAAAAGAGAGACAUGAAAACAUCGUCUCGAUGCUCGACUGCUUCUACAGCCACGACCCAAACUCUGGCAACGUGCGCAUCUCGUCUGUAUUUGAGAAUUGUCCACAAACUCUUCGUUGCCAACGAAGUUCGUUGGGAAAUCACAAAUGAAGGUGUCAGUUGGAAGCGCAUUUUGUUCGACGUUCUGAAAGGACUUUCAUAUAUCCACACGUAUGGCAUUCUCCAAGGAAAAUACAAUAUCUUGUUCGGAAAAAAUGUUCAAUUCAAAAUCAGCCAUUUUAAUGGCUUCACAAUCUCAAAAGGUAUCGAUGCGAUGAACGUGAAAAGUGUUGGAGUUGAACUUGCACCAAGAAGAUACGGGUUAAAUAAUCAAUUCGACUUUUCUGUUGAUAUUUACGCUCUCGCCAUCGUUCGAGGAGAAUGCAAAACAUUGGCCGACAUUGAAGAGAAAAUAAAACACGCCAUGGAGAAUCUGUCAUCAGAUGAAGAUCGUCACAUGAUCAGAAUGAUGCUUAAAGCUAGACUUCUCAUGCACCAAGGAACAGGAUCGUAUCGGUUCAGUGCUCUUUCUCUCUCUCGUGCUGGCCAACAUUGUAUGACAGUUGAAUGGUAUCCGUUGAAUUCACCUACAUUGACUCCACCGGAACUCCUCACACUUCUGAAGCGAGAAGUUGUCAGUGAAGAGUACAAGAGCUGUGAGAUGGUCCUGUUUGCAGAAGAGCUGAAGAACAAUGAAGAUGAUAUUCCGAAAUACAUAAAGAAGCCGUUGACCGGAGAUAUGAUGAGAUGGACUGAAAUUGCUGGACUCCACAGCUUCUUCGGACAGAAAAAUGUCGAGCCGAUCGUUAAGCGAUGUCGUAAAAGAUCAAGUUCGUGCAUGAUAUAA